AUGAUCCCCAACCAGCUGAAGGUCAGCUCUCCAGUGUACAGGCAGGAAGAAGACAAAAUGGAUAGCAGGACUGGCUUUGAGCAGGACAGAGGCCAUGCCACUUCAGGGCAUGGCCAGGAGCUGAAUUCGGAGCCCUGUUUCCAGACUGACUCUCUUUUGCCUUCCUCCAAUGCAUCCCUCAUAUCACAGUUCCUCAGCCAUCCAAUGUUUGGCAGGAGCCUGGACUCCACCAUCCUUUUCCCUUCCUCUCAGGCAGUGGCCCUGCCUCAGGAUGAGCAUGGUGCAUCUCCUGGAGAAGGAGCGCAAGCCUUGGCUUUCCCCAGAACCCGUGCCUCGGCUCCCAUGCCCUGUGCUGGUGAUGGGGACCAGCUCUCUAACCAGCACCUACGAGCCAAGAGGGCCAGAGUGGAGAGCAUCAUCCAAGGCAUGAGCCUCCCACCAACCCCUCAGGCAUUUGGCACCAACCUGGAGGCAGCUUUUAGGCAUGAGAAGGAGAGGGGUGGUGAGAUGCCCCAGGAGAACAAGAGGAAGCCAAAGAUGCCCCAGCAGGGUCUGGGAGUGGCUGGACGAGUGGCCCCCAUGGGUGGCAGCUCCCAUGCCAAGGGCUGCCAGCAGCUGAAGGAGCAGCUCUGCUUUUUAGAGCAGCAGCUGAGGCGGCUUCAGGAAAAGUUCUACCAGGUCUGUGACUCUGGGGAUGCUGCCCAAACCCAGGAAGAUUCUGAGAAAGUGCAGCCACUUCCUGAAAGACCCAGAGACAGACUGGACAAGGACAGUGCCACUGUCACCAGCAACCCCUGCAAAGCACCUCUCUGGAGGAGCAUCCGGGAGGUGCGUGGGCUGGAGGAGGACAAGGACAAAUGUGACACAGGUGGCCUGCCCACAGCAGUGAGGGUCCUUUCACAGGCACUGAAGCAUGAGCUGGCUGGGGUAACAUCCCAGGUGGUGGACUCUGUCCUGAAGACUGUCUGGCCAAAGGCAGCCAGCCACCUCCAGCAGCAGCACAACAGCUGCCUGGUGCUGGGGCCAGAUGCCAGGAGAGAGUAUUUUGCUGGUGGGAAAUGCAGAAAGCAACUUGCUAAGCCAUCUCCCAUGAACGCACCAGGCUCACUGGGCUUAGCCCAGGCUCAAGUCCUGUCAGGAGCUUUGGAGAAGAGCCCAGGCUCUCAUGCUGGCUCCUCCAGUUCAAAGGGCAUCAGAAAAUCCUCUCAGAUACCCAGCAUGGGUUAUUCACUGAGCCCAGUCACCCCUGUUCAGGACAGCCAGCUGUUGAGCCAGCUGUUGGACUACGGCCAGCACAGCCUCUGGGGCAGCAAGUCUCAUGGGAGCCCAUCUGCUCUGGAGAGGGGUCCUCCAGAGCCCCUCAGCUUGCACUGGGGAACCGUCAAACUGAGGUCCUCGGUUGAGGCACUGACCCCCAGCCACCUGAAGAAGGCCAAGCUGAUGUUUUUCUUCACUCGCUACCCCAGCUCCACUCUGCUGAAGACCUACUUCCUUGACGUGCAGGCCAGAAUUGUGUGGCUGGGUUCAUGGGGUCUCAGGCAUAGGGAGGCUCCAAGCUGACAUAACCCAUCCUCCUUCUCUCUCUGGCAGUUCAGCCGCUGCAUCACCUCCCAGCUCAUCAAGUGGUUCAGCAACUUCCGUGAGUUUUACUACAUCCAGGUGGAGAAGUUUGCCCGACAGGCCCUGCUAGAGGGUGUGGUGGAUGCUUGCACUCUCCAGGUCUCCCGCGACUCAGAGCUCUUCCGUGCCCUCAACAUGCACUAUAACAAGGGCAAUGACUUUGAGGUGCCAGGGCGGUUCCUGGAGGUGGCCAGUGUGACGCUGCAGGAGUUCUUCAGUGCCGUCAGGGCGGGCAAGGAUGCCGACCCCUCCUGGAAGAAACCCAUUUACAAAAUCAUUUCUAAACUGGACAGCGACAUCCCGGAAGGGUUCAAAGCUGCCGGCUGCUCCCAGGAACUGCUCCACAGCUGA